UGUAAUGUGGAGAGCCUUUCACUCCAGCCUGGUCACCGGGAACCGGUCUUCUCGGUCCACUGUGCUGCAGUAAAUUUCAGUCAGAGGGAUGCGUAACGUUGCAUUUCGUUUUUAAGUCUGCAGACAUAAACCAAGACUGAACUUGUGCAUUUCCGAAUUUUUGGAUUCGCAGCAAAAGAGCGGUUCAAAUUCGCAUCCGAGGGCUGAUGGAGCAUUACUGACAGACAUCACUGGCUCUCCCCUCUUUCUCCAUGGAACUGCUCCCUACUCUUUCGCCAGGGAUCCUAGAGACACUGGGCAACACUUCCACCCUGCACCCAGGCUUUGACUUCCCUCUGCUACCCUUCACGGUGCACAAUGAGUCCUCGCUCAACGGUACCAAUUCGACUAGCACCGGGGAGAGCUCCAUCAUGGACGGGGUGGUCAUCCCGCUCAUUUACAUCGUGGUCUGCAUCAUUGGCCUGGGUGGGAACACCUUAGUCAUCCACAUCGUCCUACACUACUCAAAGAGCGAGUCGGUCACCAACAUCUACAUCCUCAAUUUGGCUAUUGCCGACGAGCUCUUCAUGCUGGGCCUGCCCUUCCUGGCCAUCCAGAACGCCCUGCAGACCUGGCCUUUCGGCUCGUUCAUGUGCCGCCUGGUGCUGACCGUGGAUGGGAUCAACCAGUUCACCAGCAUCUUCUGCCUGACAGUGAUGAGCAUUGAUCGUUACCUAGCAGUGGUCCACCCCAUCCGCUCCUCCAAAUGGCGCCGGCCGCAAGUGGCCAAAGUGGUCAAUGGCACAGUGUGGGCAGUGUCCUUCAUUGUGGUCCUGCCUGUGGUCAUCUACGCAGAAGUCCAUAAGAACGGCAACUGUAACAUCUUCUGGCCCGAGCCCACAGACAUCUGGAAUGCGGCUUUCAUCAUCUACACGUCGACCGUUGAAUUCUUCUUACCGCUUCUUGUGAUUUGCCUCUGUUACCUAUUGAUAGUUAUUAAGAUCCGCAGCUCGGGCAAGAAGGUUCAUGCCACGUCUACCAAGCGCAGGAAGUCCGAACGUAAGGUUACCUGGAUGGUCGUCAUAGUGGUGGCGGUCUUCGUUUUCUGCUGGCUCCCAUUUUAUGCAUUAAACAUCAUCAACCUGAUUGUGCCCCCCCCGCAGAACCUGCAGGGGCUCUACUCCUUUGUGGUAGUCCUGUCUUAUGCUAACAGCUGCGCUAACCCUAUUGUGUACGGGUUCCUCUCCGACAACUUCAAGCAGGGCUUCCGGAAAGCCCUGUGCCGCUCAUCCCGCAAGGUGGGGAGCCACGAGCCGACAGAGCAGCAGCAGGAGAGGAGGAGAGUUCUGAAGCCUAGGGACAGCCUCCGGCGAGUGAUACAGGGGGGUGACGAAGAGGAGGAAGAGGAGGAGGAUGCCGAGGCUGUUACCGAGAUGACUGAGAUCUGCAGGAUCACACAAAAUGGCAACGGCAUCGGACAGCCAGAGGGCUCACGGGCCCACUUUGUGGAAAGGGCAAAAGUGGAGGUAGCCUCCGAUACAGGCAGCCCAGACCAUAGAGCCAAGAGCGGGGAGUCCAGUGGGAAAGACCCAGGCUCGGGGCCUGUAACUGCCAUUCAGCCGCUGCUUAAUGGCACCAAGAAUGGCAGUAUCAGACCUCUCCCCGAGGAACCAGUGGAGAAGAACCCCUCCCUGAAGAUCAGCUAUUUGUAAUUUCAAAUAUAAUCAAAGCUAUCUAUGGAAUCACAGCAUGAAGAUUUUGUCCCCUGUUUUAGGCCAGUGAGAGGUAUUUUCGAAACCAUCUUUGGACCCGGGAGUGAUAGUGUUCAAAAGGAUGAAGGAAAAGUGACUGAACUGCCCAAGCUUUAAUGAGGGCUGAUACAGCAGCCCCCUGUGUUUCGGAGCCGCCUGCACAUAGGGUGCAUCCACUGAAUUACUGUAACUGCCAUGGGAAAAUGAAGUAAAAUCAAACUGUAACAAGUCAACCACUUAUGCCGCUGAUGAGCUCCGAAUGCAAAAACACAUAAUCGAUGUUGUCUUUAUAUGUCUUUAUAUGGACCCUACUGGGUCCGUGAAACAAGUAGGAUUCAGUUCACCUAAAAGCAGUGAAGCUCAGAGCUAGGAGGGACAUCAGACAUCAGGAGUCUGGGGCUGUAGGCAUGACGCACAGAGCCGCCUGUGUGUACAGCAGCGCACCCACAGGGGAGCCGCUCAAAGCGAGACCGGCGCUACACCUCAUUCGGGCCUUAAUUGGAGCAGGAUGUCAAGUAGCAGUCAGAUGCAUUUCUGGAGAGCCGAGAGCCACUGCUUGUUCUGGAGGGCUGAGCCGCAGAAGCAGGUCACAGGGCUGGAUCUUCGCUCGCAUCUCUCCGGCGGCACGGAGUUGGGGAUCACCUGCCUGCACUCCAGCUCUGUGCCCAAAAAUAUCCAUCAUCUCUGCAGAAUGGGCCUUUUCAUUAGCAGGCUAGUGUGUGCACAACAGGGGAAUCAGGCCUGCUCCGCGAACAUGAGAAUAAUAAGAAAAUAACACAAUACGUGGCUGGAUGUGGAUCAGUGCCAAAUGAACUGCGUGCCUCUGGCAUGCAGAAGAGGAUGGUGGAGUGGGGUCUCCGGGGGUCCGUGCAGUAUCUCUGAUACUUCCUGAUGAAGAUGUUGGGGAAGCGUCUUGUAGCUGCAUGAGCCAUUUUGGUUAGAACCAUCAAGUUACAUAAUGGGCUGCUUUGGGCAGAGCAUCGCAUAGAGGAUUCCAGGGUGAUGACUUCAUACUAUACAUCAUAUAUUUCAUCCAACCUCAGCUUCAGCCGCUCACACUAUACAGCAACAGUCAAAAGUUUGGACACAUCCACUCAUAUAAAGCUUUUUUUCUACUAUUCUCUACAUUUUAGAAUGAACACGAAGACACCAAAAUUAUAAAAUAGCAUAUAUGGAAUUAUGCACUGACCAAAUACGUAAGGAGGCGCUGGGGCAGUUCUGUGGGUUGUGACUCAGAAGGUUGCUGGUUCAAAUCCCUGGGUUGACAGCGUGAUCGCACCAUUGGGCAAUUGAGCAAGACCCUUAACCCCAGUUGCUCCAGGGACCGGCUGACCCUACCGUCUCCUCUACACCAGUUCCAUGAGGUGGCCUCCUGAGAUGCUUUUCAAGCUGUCCUGAAGGAGGUCCCACAUACAUAUUGCGUACUCAUUGGCUGCUUGUCCUUCACUCUUUGGUCAAACUCCUCCAAAACCAUCUUUGCUGGGUUUAAGGUCAGAUGGCCAGGCCAUGAGAUGCGACACUGUCACGCACCUUUGUAGGUGGCUUGGCGUGUCCAAACUUUUAACUGGUGCUGUCCAUCCAGUCUCAGCUUCAGCCCCUUACACCACACUGAUUCAGAAGUUCCUCAACUUUACCAUGAAGAGUGAAACUCAGCUAAAGAAGAGCCUGUGCUUAUUGAACGAUGAGUUUUAACAUGGAACUCCCUCCCCUCCCAUAUUACAGAUACACUUGCACAGACCGACACAUGAUGUGCUGAACAUAUGAAGAAAACAGCCCAUUCUGUACUACUGUAAAUAUUCCAUAAGACGCUGCAUAAAGCCUGCUGUUUGUCAUUGGUGAUUAGACACAGUGCCAGUGUAAUCAUUCCCACAGUGUGUUUAUUUAUCAAGGCGUGAACAUGACAUGUAUAUUCAGCUUAAACUAGGAACAGUGUGGGCUCUGAGGUCAGCAGCCUGGGGGUGGGGUGCAUGACAUCUCAAGAAGGUCAAUGAAUCACCAAUACCCAUGGAGCGAACGUCGUGUGGGCCACAUUUAUAUAGCGACUUAACUUCCUGUGUGUUUUCUGCUUAUAUAUUCGGAGGUGAGUCGCGCUCUAAGGCAGGGCAGCCCUUUAGUGUUACACACCGCAGUGAUGCCCCACAGUGAGAGCACUGGAUUAUUUCAGUGUCACCCAGAAGGACACACCUAGGUGAGGUCACUCCUGAUUUCUUUUUAACAGAAUUCUGAGUGCCCUUUGCUGAAUUCUCAUAGGUACUCUCAAACACCCAAACUAAGAAAGCAAGCACCCCCCCCCCCCACAGUCCCCAUUUAAUGGCAGGAUCAGAAAAAAAAGAGAGAGAGUUCACUUGCCGAAAUGCAGUGAGGCAUAAACACGGCAGAGAUGCAGAAGAGGCAUAAAAAGACAUUUUUGUGUGCAGAUGUGAUUACGGGGGUUUAAGGGACCGUCAUUAUCUGCCAAAUACUUUGCAGCAAAGACUAACAACUCGACAGAACUGUAUUUAACAUUUUCUGAGCCCUCAGUCUCAUGUGUUAUUUUGCAGAGGGAAAACAAUCAUGCUUUUUCUCUUGCGGUCCUGUCAUUUGUUUAAUCUCUCGAAAACAAUUCAGGACUCCCUGCCACUGACUCCUGUGUGCCAUUGAGUUUCAUGAAUCAGUGCCAAAGAUCGGAACGCAGUAAGGAUCACAGUCAUCUCUCCAGGUGAAGGGGGAAGGGUCAGGAUUGAUCCGUGCAGAUCACUACCACAUGAUGUGCAACCUCUUUUCUUCUUUGCCAGCCUUCUCAGCUCCGAUUGGCUUCUUUUGACAACUUGUGUAAGCACUGUUUUACAUCUCUUGGAAGGACUGUGUGCGCUGUAUGUUUCCAGGCAAGUAUAUAAAAAUACCUAUAUGUAAAAAGAAAAUUAAAGAUUUCAAAAUGGAAGAUGAAGUAUGUGACUUUUCUCUUUCUACAAACUAACUUCCUCCAGCCCAUUUACAAACUGGUUAUUCAACUGGAAUUGCAGGUACUAUGUCCUGGUUAUUGUCAGGGUCGGUGCCUGUCUGGCUCUGUCCAUUUGUUUUGUCCUUGUUUGGCCAGCAGAUGGCACUGGACAUCCUGUUCCCUCUGUGUUAUAGGCUUAAGC